GUCUCAGAGGCUACGGCGCUCCACCGCGCUGUAGCACAUGGAAACAUGGCGCCCCCGUGUCCUGUUCCUGCACAGCCUCUGAUCACCAGAACGCGUCGAGAAACUAGCUAAGCUUUGCAGUUGGAUCCUGUUCUAGGCCGUGCUAAUAAUCAGCUCGCGCGUUAAACCUCUAGCUCGGAGCUGACGCUCUAUAUAAACCCUCCCUCUCCGCUCCCCAUCCACCCCCAUCCCUUGCUACCUGCAUCUAUCGACCUUGCAUUGGCGAGCUCACAGUUCAAUCAGGUCCGGUUCGGCUUCAGGCCGAGCUCGUCGUCACCGAGGAGAUGGCGCUCUCUCACCGCAUGGCCGCGCCCGUCCUCUUCUUCCUGCUGCUCCUCGUCGCCACAGAGAUGGGGCCGGCGACGGUGGCGGAGGCGAGGCACUGCCUGUCGCAGAGCCACCACUUCAAGGGUCUGUGCGUGAGCAGCAGCAACUGCGCCAACGUCUGCAAGACCGAGAACUUCCCCGGCGGCGAGUGCAAGACGGAGGGCGCCACCCGCAAGUGCUUCUGCAAGAGGAUCUGCUAGCCGCCCCCGCCCCCGCCCCGGCACUGCACUGGUCCUCCCGCCGUUGUUCGUGUGUUCUUCCUUCUGUUUGUCGGUUCCUCAUGCGCGCACGCUGCGCCGUGAACGCUGUAGCGGGCUGUGUUCCUCUCGAUCGUCUUGUUCUCUUUUCCUGGAAUAAAUUUGAACUCGGUGGCGGUGCUGGUGAUGCCGAGGUGUGCGAUGCCUGUGCGUGUGGAUCAUCUCGCUGUUGUUCUGCAUCCGUAUGCACUCCAUUAUUGGUGUACUCGUAGUCGUAGGCAAGGUGAUGUAAGGUCCUCCUUUCAACAUUGAUGUAAUAAUGCAAUGCAGUUUCGUGCUAGACAGCUUAAUUAAGUGCCAGGUUUUCUUUAA